AUGGCCACCGACGCAAAAUCCACUGGCUCGGCCAAGGUCGAUGCCAUCGUCCAGAAUGUCAAGGCCGCCGAGCCUGCCCAGCUCUCCGGCGUGGCCUUGUACUCCCGAUUCGCCCUUGCUGGUGCCGUCUGCUGCUCCGUCACCCACGGUGGUCUUACUCCCGUCGAUGUCGUCAAGACCCGUAUCCAGCUCGACCCCAAGACCUACAACCGUGGCAUGAUUGGCGGUUUCCGCCAGGUCAUCCAGAACGAGGGUGCUGGCGCUCUCCUGACUGGUGUCGGCCCUACCUUUGCCGGGUACUUCCUCCAGGGAGCCUUCAAGUUCGGCGGUUACGAAUUCUUCAAGCAGCAGUGGAUCAACACCCUCGGCUACGAGACCGCCUCGCAGAACCGCACCGCCGUCUACCUCGCCUCUUCCGCCGCCGCCGAGUUCUUCGCUGACAUCGCCCUGUGCCCUCUCGAGGCCACCCGUAUCCGUCUCGUCUCCGAGCCCACCUAUGCCAACGGUCUGAUUGGAGGUUUCUCCAAGAUGCUCAAGAACGAGGGUAUCGGCGCCUUCUACGCUGGUUUCGGUCCUAUCCUCUUCAAGCAGAUCCCCUACACCAUGGCCAAGUUUGUGGUCUACGAGAAGGCUGCUGAGGCCAUCUUCCGCCAGUACCCCAAGGAGACCCUUUCGGAUGGCAUGCAGACCGUUGCCAACCUGGCGGCCGGUUUGACCGCUGGUUUCGCUGCCGCCAUUGUCUCUCAGCCCGCCGACACUAUGCUCUCCAAGAUCAACAAGACCAAGGGUCUUCCUGGUGAGGGCACCACUUCCCGUCUCAUCAAGAUUGCCAAGGAGCUUGGUUUCCGUGGCUCGUACACUGGUAUUGGCGCUCGUCUCUUCAUGGUUGGUACCUUGACUGCCGGUCAGUUCGCCAUCUAUGGUGACUUGAAGAAGGCCCUGGGAGCCACCGGUGGAGUUGAAAUCGCCAAAUAA